AUGGUAAUGGGGGUGUUGGGAUUUUGUAGUUUUGUUCCGGAUUAUUGGUAUUGGUAUUGCUGGCUGGUUGAUUGGUUGGUUAUGGAAGAGUAUAUGUAG